AGGUUACAUACAGGUAAGAAAUCACUUGAAGACGAAAAUCAAGCAUAUCGUUUGACAUCACAUCAUCCGGUGUUCGACCUAACACUUGCCUUAAGUCGACAACUUCAAAGAGUGAAAUGGGUUGGAAUCUGGAGCUUCCCAACGCAACGGUCUGCAUAGGCAUUGCAGGUGUCACAGUGCUAGCAGUUAGGAGAGCUAUCUUACAUUUUUCAGCACGCUGUCCCAGUCGUGCCCUUAUGACUGGAAAAACAGUGGUCAUAACUGGAGCGAACUGCGGCAUUGGGUAUGAAACUGCUUUGGACAUGGCAAAUAGACAAGCCCAUGUAAUCUUAGCUUGUAGAGAUGUAAGCAAAGGUCUGAGUGCUGCAAAAUCUAUCAUUAGGAAAACUGGAAACCAGACUGUGGAAGUGAAAAAGCUAGAUCUUGCAUCAUUUAUGUCUGUUCAUGAAUUUUGUGAUGACAUGAAAAAGUCUGUUGGCAAAUUGGACGUGCUAGUUAAUAAUGCAGGGGUCAUGAAUGCACCGUAUGCUCUCACUGAAGAUGGACUUGAAACCCACAUGGCAGUGAAUCAUUUCAGUAAUGUUUUGCUUACCAAUUUGCUUCUUGAGUUGUUGCAAAAACCUACGAGCAGCAGGGUAGUUUUUGUGUCCUCCUCACUUCACAAGUACGGCAAACUAGAUUUGAAUACCUUGAACAGUGAAGAGACGUAUAAGACUAAAAAGCCGUAUGCAUCUAGUAAGCUGAUGAACUUACUGUAUGCAAGAGAACUUCAAAACUGUGUGCCUUCUAAUGUGUCUGUGUACACAUUACAUCCUGGAAUGGUGCGAACAAACCUUGGCAGACAUGCUGUGAUAUUCAAUAAAUUGUUCAAAAUAUUCUGCUUUCCGGUUUAUGCAAUGCUCUAUUCGUUGUACGUGUUGCUUAUCAAGACUGCGAGGGAGGGUUGUCAGACGGUUGUAUACUGUGCCGUUUCCCCGGAGCUUGAAGGCGAGAGAGAUGGUUACUAUGGCAACUGCAGAAAGGAGGAGUGGACCAUUCCUGGUAGUGACCUUGACCUUGCCAGGAAGGUGUAUGAUCUUAGCAUGAAGGUUACAAAGCUCAAGGAUUAAAAAUUUUCAGAAUGACAUUUCUAUGGAAAGUGCUGAAAGAAGGAGUGGUCCUAUCCAUCCGAAUAGCAACCUUGAGCUUGCCAGAAAGGUGUACAACUUUAGCUUGAAGAUUACAACAGUCACAUAAUAGGAAUUCAGAAUACAAUAAUUAUAAUAAAGUGCAUAAUACUUUGUGGUACAUUGUCUCCAAGUUUGUACAGCAAGAAACUGAUAUGUUACUAAUGGAGUCAAAAAGACCUGACUUGAUUUAGUUCUCGCACACAUCUUAGCUAAUAAAUAAAAAGACACUGUGUACGAUUAAGUUUGUUCUUUACUUUUGCAAUAUUGAAGAUAGCAACUUGAUAUUUGGCAUGCAUGUGUAUCUCAUGGAGCUGCACAUUUUGAGUGGUGGAAGGUCAAGGUCAUCCUUCAAGGUCAAAUAUAUGUCUUCUAAGGGGCGCAAUAGGGGGCAUUGUGUUUCUGACAAACACAUCUCUUGUUUUAUAAUUAUAAUUCUAAUAUAUUUAAUCAUCUGGCAAUUUAGUCUGAUUUUGCAAUUUAAUAGAUAGUUAUUUUUCUCAUUAUACAUGUUUUUUAUUGAAAACAGAGUUUUCAAUUAUUUGCAUUUCAUUGGUUAUUUUUCUCAUUAUACAUGUUUGUAAUUGAAAACAUAAUUUGUGGAUUUGAUUAAAAAAUUUACUUGA